AUGACGAUAAAAAGGAAGCAAUCCGAAAUGCCAAAGGAAGAACACCAUGAUCCCGCCGUUUUUAAAGGUAAGUUCGGUAGUUUUGUUUCUGACUACGUAAUAACAUUCGUUUAGUUCUUCAAUAUAAGUUGUCUGGAUCGGAUGUGGAGAGGCAGAUUUUUAUUAAGAAGGAUCCCAGUGACGCUAGCUCUCUUGUCCUGGGUUCUAUCCCGUUCUUUUUGACAACAGUGAGUAUUCAGACUUUCAUUUCUAAUAUUUUAGGAUAAAAUACAAGAAAUCUUCGAAUCUCUGGGGAGCAAAAAGACUGUAAGCGAUGUUUCCAAACGGGGUGAUCAUCCAGAUCAGGUAAUAAUGGCUUCACAAUAAUAGCUGUUACCAUUUUUAGGGGUAUACUUCAGCAAAAGUAACUUUUCUCACCGAAAGAGCUGCCACCAGCGUCUAUACUAAGGCCGAAGAAAUAGAAACGGUCAUUGUUUCUCAGCCAGAAGGGUUUGGAAUGGCCAAGUUUGUGGAGGAGUAUAACUCUGGCCGCACUGGGUUUGCGGAUGAUCUUCAGAGAGCACGGACAAUCGCCCAAGCACAUCAAGAACACUUGGUCACGGUAUCUUGUUCUGGAUGUCAAUAAUAUUUAAUAUGAUUUCAGAGGAAAGCUGAGGCCAAGAAUAAGAAGAGCAAACCAGAUGAAGAAGGAUGGGUUACUGUCACAAGCAAAGGUGGGUUUCUGAUUCGUGUAUUAGAAUAGUUUUAGAUCGUCAUGUCUUCAAAUCUCCAAAACUUGCUGGUAUCAAGAAGAAGAAAGGAAAGGGAUCAAAGAGCGAACAAAACAAAAGCAUUCAACUAUUAUAA